CAAGCACAGAUGAACACAUGAGACACCCGGGAAAAAAAAGCUUCUCACUCCUUGGGGUUUCUAGCGGCUGGAAACUUUAAAACUUUGCACCAUUCCUGAAGAUCUGAGCACAGAGAUCUGUUGGAAUUCCCCAGUUAGUGGACCGAGUCAGGGCCACUUACCUAAGUUAGUUAGAGGGAUCUAGUCCAAGUGACUUGUAAAACACGUGUUUGCAUUUCAAAGGACAGGAAGAUUUAUGAGAAGGUUGGAGCUUGAAGGAUUUUUGAUGAUUGUGAAACUGCGGUGAUUUUUUUUUUAGAAGAAGUUGUUGGAGAGAGACGUAUAAUCGCAGGGAGGUGGGAGUGAGUGCAUUGAAGAAGCGCGUUGAAUUACGCAAAAGCAUUCAAACCAGAAAGACAAGACUGAGACCUGGCUGUGCGGAGCGCAAGUGAAUAUUGCAAAAUCCUUUGCUGGGUCCUCAUUGCUCGGGGCAGCUGGCUUUUGGAAAAGACUCCGACACCUUUGCAAGUUUGGGAGCUGUCAGUGUUGCAGCCUGCUGGCACUGGAGGUUGAAAUGGAAAUGAAACGACGAGAUGACAGUCCAAGAUAAGUCCUCAAUCUGACUUCAUCAGCGAUGGGAUCAAGUCUGUAUUCCUGGAGAAGGCGCUGUUGGAAGUUGUGGCUGCUAGUUAGCUUGUUCUUGGGAUGUGGCGCGCUGUGCGGGGCUCAGGCUGGCAAUCCGAAGCUAAGGAGGUCUCAGUGGUUAAGCAGACCGCGACAGCGGCGGCAGGCGUGGAUCGGUGAAUGGUCGGCAUGGGGGAGUUGGAGUGUCUGUUCCGGCUCGUGUGGAGGCGGAGCUUCCUUCCGGAUGAGACGAUGCCUCAGAUAUGCCAACGCAGAGGACUGUCGUGGUGAUCAGAGACAGUACAGAGUAUGUAACGUUCAGGAGUGUCCUCCGGGAUCUAUUGAUUUCCGAAAGUUCCAGUGUUCACUUUACAACAACAAGCCGAUUAAGGGAAACAUGAUGGUUCACCAGUGGCUUCCGUUUUACGGGGCACCCAACCAGUGUGACCUCAACUGCCUGGCCACAGGGAAGAAUUUUUACUACAGAUUUGGUCACGUUCUUGACGGGACAAAGUGCAGCCCUAACUCAUCAGAUAUGUGCAUCAGUGGACGGUGUCUGACGGUGGGCUGCGACAACAUCCUGGGCUCGAAGGCCAGCAUGGAUGUGUGCAGAGUGUGCGGUGGACAGAACAGCUCGUGCGUCCAGGUCCGGAGAGUCUACCAAUCAGCACCACUCGCCUCCGGUUACUUUGGUUAUAACAAUGUGACAGUGAUCCCUGCCGGAGCCACAAACAUCAAAGUUACAGACAACAGCAAGAAUUACCUUGCGUUAAUAAAUGGCAAGAAUCAUUACGUGAUUAAUGGGAACUGGGUCAUAGACUGGCCUGGUGAAUAUGACAUUGCCGGCACUAAGAUACAGUACAAACGUUCAGCCGGAAACCAGGAAUCCAUUGAGGCUGCCGGACCCACAGCAGAAGAUCUCCAUGUGAUGGUUCUCCUUCGAGAGGCAACCUCGGGAAUUGAGUACGAGUUCUGGCUUCCUAAUGAGAGCUACGGUCAUUACCAAGAUGGUCACAGUCCGCUGAGACAACCUGAGUCCGCUGUGAUAGAAGCUGGUCUUCCUCUGAGUUACCUGCCCUGGGCACAAACCACCACAGCCGUCACCACCACCACCACCACCACCACCACCACCACCAGAAGACCAGCCUUUUACCCUGGCUCCAUACACCCUACACAACGAUCACAAGCUCGGCCUCACCAAGAUGCUCGUUUUCAAAAUGUGUUGCCAAGACAAGACACAUCGCCCGACCUGCCCAGUUACUGUCGAAGGUGUAAGAAGUCAAAAGGAAAAUCUCAAAGGAUUCAACAGUACUGCCAGAAAGAUUUUGUUUUCCGUGGAAGGAUCCUCGGGAAGAGAGUGGUGGGGUCGGAGACUCGAUACGACGUACAAGUCAAGGAAACGUACAAGAACCUGUACCCGAUAGUCCACCGGGAGUAUGUGUGGGUGCCAAACGCCUGCGACUGCCCCUACAUCCUGGUGAAACGAGAGUACAUCAUCAUGGCAAGGAGGCACGUGAACUUUGAGCAGACUCGGAACCGAAUCCUCCUGGAACACAAUAGCUUUGUGAGGCUCUGGCAACCCAGGGAAGACUUGAUGAUGCGAGACCUGGACAAAUAUUGCCAGCGGUACUCGUAGGGGGGACAUUCCUCACGCACGUGGGAUUACAACCCAAUGCUUUACCUGCUCGUACAUCGAAAGAGCUCUCGACACUAUGUAAGGAAACUAUAUCAAUUUAUCAAUCACACUUAACCAGCCACUCGAAGCCUAUGUCACGUAUUUCUUUCUCAGCCGCCAACUGCGGUCGCUGGAAGAUGUUAUUCAAUGAUGGGCCGAGGCCAAAAUGUGUCGCACUGAUUAUUGGACGUGAGUUCGACUUCCUGCGUUACUCUGUCCCAAAUGAAAUGAAACAAAGUAAGUCUUCAGGUUGGAAGGAGCGGUCUGAAGAUGUCUGAACUUUAUAUGUGGUCAGUUUUGAACAAGAGUACUGGGUUGAUGCAAGGAAUGUUCUCUAUGAUGAACCAUUAAAUAUGCACUGUUAGUGAUAGCGGCAGAAGCUGUAUGGUUAAGGAAGCAGCCAACCCAAUAUAACGCUGGUGACUGGAGCACAAUAGUAGUAAUACUGCUGAAACUCAAAGUAAUGCACUUAAUUAUUUAACCCGAGGUACUGUAUUUGACACAUCCAUUCUCUGAAGGAUGUUGCCAUCUUUGGACGGUUUUGCAUUUAGCGAUCACUGAUCUACAGUGCCUGACCUGUUCUGAAUUUUGGGUGUUGUGUUGGGACAUUCCCCCUAUUUCAAUUAUUUAAGUACACGUAUCAUCUAUCUCACUAGUAUAAAGAGGCUAAUCACUUUGCAUGGUACGUGACGUAUCUAAGCAUCAAAGACUUUAAAGAAAAUAUUUUAUUGUACGCCCUGGCAUUAAAAUUGUCAAGUAUUAAUGACCUUAAAACAUUUCACCUCUGACUUUCACGUAUAUUCAGCACUGAAACAUAUUUAAUAUCAUCUACAAGCAAGGACUAUAAAAUGCCAAAAGGUUCCUAUUAUCUUAUAUAACAUAUCUUUCACAACAAGCUCAAAGACGUGCAUCUACACAUGUCUCUAAUGGAAGUUUAACAAGAGGAAUCAAAAGUUGUGAAUUAAAAUAACCAUUAAAGAAAUAAUUUGUGA